GGGAAGGGGGCGGAGUGACAGAUUUCUCCCGACCACGUUCCUGGAAGCGCGAGCUGGGCUGUAUAGGGUGCCCAGGAGUCAGCUGCUGUGUGUCAGCAUCCGGGAGCCGGGGGCCAGGAGAUCUUCGUCAGUGGCUCUCCAUGCAAAGGUGCUUUGGAAUUCUGGAUCACAGCUCCGAGCCUUAGCGGAGGUCACGGCUGUCAAUUCACAGGUGGCCAGGCGUGCCAGGCAGAGGAGAAAGUGGAGGUGGAGGAGUGUUGCAGGAGAGUUCUGCUGCUCUCCAUCCCUAGGUUUUGACACUGCCUCAGAGCCUGUAAGCAUCUGUGUUUCUUCUUUCCAAGAUGCCAUUUUCAGACUUUGUUCUGGCCCUCAAAGACAACCCCUACUUUGGGGCUGGAUUUGGGCUGGUAGGUGUGGGUACGGCUCUGGCUAUGGCCCGGAAAGGAGCCCAGUUGGGUCUAGUGGCAUUCCGGCGCCAUUACAUGAUCACCCUGGAAGUCCCUGCCAGGGACAGAAGCUAUGCCUGGUUGCUUAGCUGGCUUACCCGACACAGCACCCGCACGCAGCACCUCAGUGUUGAAACCUCAUACCUUCAGCAUGAAAGUGGCCGGAUCUCCACCAAGUUUGAAUUUAUCCCCAGCCCUGGAAACCACUUCAUUUGGUAUCAGGGAAAAUGGAUCCGGGUAGAACGAAACCGAGACAUGCAGAUGGUAGACCUGCAAACGGGGACUCCUUGGGAAUCUGUCACCUUCACAGCCCUGGGCACUGACCGAAAGGUUUUCUUCAAUAUCCUGGAAGAAGCUCGAGCACUGGCCCUGCAGCAGGAGGAAGGGAAGACCGUGAUGUACACAGCUGUGGGUUCUGAAUGGCGUACCUUUGGUUAUCCACGCCGACGUCGGCCACUGGAUUCUGUAGUCCUACAUCAGGGUCUGGCUGACAGAAUUGUCAAAGAUAUCCGGGAAUUUAUUGAUAACCCCAAGUGGUACAUUGACAGAGGCAUUCCCUACAGACGUGGCUACCUUCUUUAUGGGCCCCCUGGUUGUGGAAAGAGCAGUUUUAUAACAGCCCUGGCUGGAGAACUGGAACACAGCAUCUGCCUGCUCAGCCUCACAGACUCCAGCCUCUCAGAUGACCGGCUCAACCAUCUACUGAGCGUAGCACCACAGCAGAGCUUGGUGCUCCUGGAAGAUGUGGAUGCUGCUUUUCUCAGUAGAGACUUGGCUGUGGAGAACCCUAUAAAGUACCAAGGACUAGGUCGCCUCACCUUCAGUGGACUGCUUAAUGCUUUGGAUGGUGUAGCCUCCACUGAAGCACGAAUUGUGUUCAUGACCACCAACUACAUUGACAGGCUGGAUCCUGCCCUCAUACGUCCUGGGCGAGUAGAUCUGAAGGAGUACGUGGGCUACUGCACACACUGGCAGCUGACCCAGAUGUUCCAGAGGUUCUAUCCGGGACAAGCGCCUUCUUUGGCUGAGAACUUUGCUGAACAUGUCCUUAAAGCUACACCCCAGAUUAGUCCUGCCCAGGUGCAAGGCUACUUCAUGCUGUAUAAAAAUGACCCCAUGGGGGCUGUUCACAAUGUUGAAUCUCUCAGGUGACCCACCAGGCCAUGAUCUGCUCUCAAAAAAAUCCAUAAAUGCCUGUCACACUAAUCAGACUUGGCCUUUCCUCCUCCGUUGCUGUGUUUGUACUUGAGAAUAAAUUGAGUUGCCAUAGCAGGUGCUUACAAGAUCUACAUCUACAAAUGAUGGGGCCAUGGCCUGAGCGAGGGAAAGGGGAAUGAGUGUUAAGGGGAAAUAUACAUGCAAUCAUGAAAGGCCACCCAAGUAAGAUACAAUGUUGCCCUGUGUUGUGGCACACACUCCCCUCGCCCCAAUUUGUUUGUUUGUUUUGUUUUUGAGACAGGGUUCUCUGUAUAGCCUGUCCUGUCCUGUCCUGUA